GGCAGGGCAAGGAUGAUGGGAAGAGGGAAGGGACAAGUACUGAGAUUUAUUUUCUCCAAAAGUUGACUGAGAGAAGUGAUUUCUGCUCAUAGAACCUGACUGAUAGAAAGAAACAGCUCUACCCUCCCCAAAUACCAGCCUUGCCUAACGUUCCAAGGAGUCCAAGCAUGGAAGCUUCUGGAAAGUAGAAGAGAAAGACUUGGAGACUAGAACUCUAACUUUCCUAGGACUCCUGGUUCAGUCCAGGGGUCAGGAAAGGAGCCCCAUGCCCAGGCUUAAAUAUGAGUCCUCUCCCUCCCUAGGACAGCAAGGAGAUGCCACCCAAAACCAAAGGAAAGGGGAAGAAAGCUGGGACACAGGAGAAGAAAGAGAAUGCGGGCGCUGGGCAGAUGUGGAGGCCAAGUCUGCAUACCGGCGGGUAGUGAUGGAGAAGAAGCUGCUCCAAGACCACCUGGCUCUGCGGAGGGAUGAGGCCCGCCGGGCUAAAGCUUCUGAGGAGCAGCUGAGGCGGAGGCUGCAGGUGCUGGAGGCUGAGUUGGAGGAGGCCCGAAGUGAGAGCAAGGCCAUCUAUGCAGAAAUGAGUCGUCAGUGCCGGGCCCUGCAGAAGGAAAUGGAGACCCGCAGCAGGCAGCUGGAGGAAGAAGUGACGGGCCUUCGGGAACAGCUGGAGACGUGCCAGAAGGAGGCCAAGGCUGCAGGGCAAGAGGCUGAGCAGGCCCUGGGAGAGCGGGACCAGAGGCUGGCUCAGCUUCGGGCCCACGUGGCAGACAUGGAGGCCAAGUAUGAGGAACUCUUACAUGGCAGCCUGGACCGACUCUUGGCCAAGCUGAGGGUCGUCAAGCCUCAGUGGGACGGGGCUGUGCUGAGACUUCAUGCCAAGUACAAGGAGCAGCUCCGCCAGUUUGGACUCAACCCCCUGGAUCUUUGAAGCCGUAAGCUGCUAGUCUCUGGGGCUCUUGGAGGCUCCAGCAAUAAAGCUAUCUUGAUGUAGAACUCAA